CUGGAACAAAUUACAGUAAAAGCAUCUGAGCCUCCGCGCUGGUGACACUAGGGGAACCCGGCGCAGGCGAAAAUGCUGGCGAGUUGGCAGGCUCUGUGAACGGGAAUGAGGCGAAUGUUUCGUCCAUCACUUUUGGGUCCGUCAUCGUCCAUCUCUCAGGGCUUGACGAUGUUCAACCGACACUUACCGCCGACAUUUCAGAUCCUGCGCAGACAAGUUUUUCUACUGACCGGCCAUAGACGGAAUCAAUCCCAACUCUGUGUACGAGGUCUUCAGAUGGAGUGGAGAGAUCACCCAUCGCCACUCACCGUAAAGGGGGGAUUCGAUCUGAGAUUCGAAGGUAUGGUUGCAGGGAAGAAGAUUGGACAGCACGGUGAGGAAUGCUCUGGAAGGAGACGAAACAAAUUCAGAGAGGGGAAGACAGCCCCUGGCAGACAAACGUAUUUAAGGGAGGGGGAAGCAACCACUAACAAACAUCGAUUUUUCAGGGAGGACAAAGCUACCUCUGCCAGACCACCUAAUUUUAGGAAAGAAAAAUCAAUCUCAAGGGUAAAAAACAAACUCUUAGCUUCUUACAUAUCAGACCACUCUAGGAAUGGUGACCUGCUAAGGAAUAGCCAAUGAUCACCUGCUUGUCGGAAGUAUGCCUUAGGAUAAUCAUACUUUAUGAUUUAUUAAUGAAUAUUUAAUGCUCAUUAAUUAAUAAAGUCACAAACUCAUUUUAUGUUAAUUAUUAUUGUGAGUUUUCUUU